AUGGCGGGAGGACAGGACGAUAGCAGCGUGCGGGUCGCGCUGAGGCGUCCGUUGCUAGGUUACGGUAGUCAAAGGCGUCUCCGCACUGGUGGGACAGUAGAGGACUCAGGUCUGCUGCUGGACGCUCUUCAGAUGACCUCAGAGCCACACCAGGUGAAGCAGCUGGAGGCACAUAAGAGGCAGCAGCAGCUCAUCCUGCGGCGCAAGAACGAGGAGGUGACGGCCCUGAGACGGCAGGUGAGGCCGUCCUCAGGUAAGGUGGGCCGGAAGGUCAGCCUACCUGAGCCGCUGCCAGACCCCGCCCAGCGGCCCCCCACAGGGGGAAGACUGCCGGGGCCCGCCCCCGCCCCCGCCAACGGAGCCAGGAAGUCCCCGGUGCAGACAGGAAGUGCUCCCACCAAGCGCGCGGCCCGUGGGAAGUGGCAGUCCCUGGAGCGGCGCAUCAGUGACAUCAUCAUGCAGAGGAUGACCCUCUCCAACAUGGAGGCCGACAUGAACCGCCUGCUGAAGAAACGGGAGGAGCUGACCCGGCGCAGCGAGCGGGUGAGCAGGAAGCGAGAGAAGAUGGUGGUGGACGGGGCGGACGCCGACCGCUCGCUGCCCUCGCUCCAGGAGGAGCUGGAGUCGCUCGCCGCCAACAUCGACUACAUCAACGACAGCAUCGCCGACUGCCAGGCCAACAUCAUGCAGAUAGAGGAGGCUAAGGAGGAGGGAGACACUUUGGACGUAACCACGGUGAUCAGCUCCUGUAGCCUAUCAGAGGCCCGCCUCCUCCUCGAUCACCUCAUCUCCAUGUCCAUCAAUAAGGGUCUGCUGGCCGCCCAGAAGGACUCCCAGGUGAAGGUGAUGGAGGGCAAGCUGAAGCAGACGGAGAUCAACAGCUCCACCCAGAACCAGCUGCUCUUCCACAUGCUGAAGGAGAAGGCGGAGCUCAACCCCGAGCUGGACGCGCUGCUGGGGAGCGCCAUGCAAGAACAAGGAGAGGACAGCAGUAGUGAUGAGUCGAGUCCCAGUCCAACCGCAGGCAGCAGCACGCUGGCUCCAGACCUGAUGAAGUUAUGUGGAGAAGGGAGACAGAGGAAUAAGGCUCGGAGGCGGACCACCACCCAGAUGGAGCUGCUGUACGCGGGCAGCGAGGAUCAAGCCUGUGACCCGCUCCCGGAGGACCCGGCGGCGCUGCCCGUCUCCCCCCCGCUGCCUGCCGACGUGCACGCUCCCACCACAGUGCACGUGAGCGAGCGCGAGAGCACAGCCGCCGCUCCGUCCACGCUCCGGACGCCUGGCCGGCCAGGUGCCAGGUCUCCUAUGGGUGCUGAGAAGAAGUCGAUAGAGCGAUCGCCGCUCAGCCACAGACGGUUCUUCGAGAGAGGACAGACUCCCGGCCAUCCAUCCCCACACUCACCCACCCCCAGCCCCGCACACCCUCACACAGCCAGCCCCUCUCCCACACCCACGCACACGGCUAGCGCAGCCGAGCUAAAGACCAAAAUCUCAGAUUACAAAGCACAGUCAGAACAGACGAUGUCCAUGUCGGAGGGCCACAGGGGUGAGAUCAAAUCGGUGUCCCCCCCUAAGUCCAGUAAGGGCCCCAGUUGGCUGCAGUGCGUGUACGUGGCCGAGGGCCACACCAAGCCGGUCCUCUGUGUGGACGCCACGGACGACCUGCUCUUCACCGGCUCCAAAGACCGUACCUGCAAGGUGUGGAACCUGGUGACCGGUCAGGAGAUCAUGUCUCUAGGAGAUCAUCCCAGCAGCGUGGUGUCAGUCAGGUAUACCUCUAGUCUGGUCUUCACUGUCUCCACCUCCUACAUCAAGGUCUGGGACAUCAGGGACUCUGCCAAGUGUAUCCAGACUCUGACGUCGUCGGGCCAGGUGAGCUCGGGGGACGGGGGCGCGGCCCUGCGGACGGCGGGGAUCCCCCCAGGUGAGAACCAGAUCAGCCAGGUGGCGCUCAACCCCGCCGCCACCUUCCUCUACGCCGCCGCCGGCAACGCCGUGCGCAUGUGGGACCUCCGCAAGUUUGUGUCGACAGGUAAGCUGACGGGUCACCUGGGUCCGGUGGGGUGUCUGACUGUGGAACAGCUGGGACCGGGACAGGAUCUGGUCCUGACCGGAUCCAAGGACCACCACAUCAAGAUAUUUGAGGUGGCCGAGGGGGCCCAGGGCAGCAUCACCUCCUGCAUGACCUUUGAACCAAAGCACCAGGACUCUGUGGAGGCGCUGGUGGUCCACGGGGACACCUUCUACAGCAGCUCGCGGGAUCUCAGCAUCAAGAGAUGGGACCUGAGCAGCAAGCAGCAGCUGCAGCAGUGUGUGAGCAGUCCCGGGGACUGGGCCAGCGCUCUGAGCCUGGUACCCGGGUCCCCUGUGGUGGUGGGGGGCUGCCGGGGGGGCCUGCUCCGCCUCUGGCACGCCGAGACCCUGACCCCCCUGGGGGACCUCCAGGGACACGACUUCCCCAUCAACAGCAUGACCACCAACAGCAGCCAGCUGUUCACCGCCUCAGAUGACAGGACGGUGAAGGUCUGGCAGGCUACGGGCCAUCUGGAGGGAGGACUUCACUGAUGAACUCCACCAAGCUGAGAGGAGCUUAACCAGGCUGAAGGAUGGACUCCACCUCCCUGAUCCCCACCCUCCACCACCCUCCACCAUCAGUAGAUCCACGCCCUACAACAACACCCCCUUAAUGAGGUCCCCACCCUCCACCAACUCCACCAUCAGGAGGUCCAUGCCCUCCACCAACUUGAAAAGCGAUCUAGUGGGUGACCAUGUAGUGCUUUGGGUAGAUCAUGGUCCAAAUCUCCACUGAACUGUCUAAAGUUGGACACAAUUGCAGUUUUGGGUUACCAUGUAAAGUCAAUCAAACAAGCUGGGAAAACAACCCCGCCCCCCAUCUGAUUCUAGCGAAUGGGAGUGCAUUGUUCUAGAGAAAGCGAAAACCUGACCAGCAGUCAUCCCUAAAUAUAACCAGAGUCUACCAGAAGUGGGCCAGAUAGGUGGGCAGAGAGCAGCUCCGGCAGUCUGUUGGGUUUCUUCAGGAAGAGCUCCUAUCCAAGCACAGUGCAAACACGUACAGAGCAGGGGUUGGGUGUCUUGCUGAGGAACGCCUGGGCCUUGCGGUGAUUGAACCUCCAACCUUCUGACUAGGAUCCAAACACCCUUGACAAAAGACUAUUCUGGCCACCAGCCUUUGCCCCCAACAGCGGCACAAGAUUAAUUAUCCUGACAGUUGAUGAGUCAUUAUGUAACGUUCGUUAUGUAACCAAUGAGUAAGCGAGUUUCAGAGCGGCUUCAAAGAGGCGUGGAACCAGAAACACACAACGUAUCAGUGAGAUCUGGGAAAAGACGGAGGAUUGAGGUCAGCUGACCUCCAUGUCAUGUUCACCGUGGUCGUCCACCUUAUCGGAUCCUUCCCACAGGGGACGGCUGUGGCCUGUGGCCCUGGCAAUGGCUGCCUUCAUGAAGGUCUCCCCUCGCCUCCGCUUAAGAAACCGUAGUAAAGAUUACUGUUCUCACGAGGGAGAAAAGAGCUUCUCCUGCCCCCUGGAGACCUGCCUCUCCUGGGAGGCCUUCACGGAGGAGCGUCUAGUUGCUGAAGUGAUGACCGUCUAGACGGAGGGCGGCCAUGUUGGAUGAACUGCCGAUGUGGGAGUGUCGAGGAGAAAGUUGGUCCAGACUAAUCAAAAGUUACUUUUUUUGCAUCUGAGCUCAAAAUCAGCCACUGGCUGAGAUCUGAAACCUAUCUUGUUUACCUGCUUGCAUCUUUAUAUUGGAUACGUCGCCAUGGAAACCGCGUGGGCACACACAACAUUGUUUUCGUCGAAUAUCAACGUGGAAAAUAACUAAACGAGUAAAGAUGAGAGUUCUACAUUCCUACUCGGGUAGUGUUCAUAUCUGGGAUGCUGUUUUCAAUAAGUCUGACUUAACGUUGCUGUCUGGAGUGUAGCAGAGCAGAUAUCUCCCCUGUGCAAUGCAGAGUGGAUUCCUGUGUGGAUAUCUAUACGAAUAUUGAAAGAUAACCCUCGAAUAUCAUCUCUUCGAAGGUUCUAUAGCUCUGUGAAACUACUUUUCCUGUGCUGGAAACUCUGAACGGGGGACUGUACGGAUCACUGACGAGGAUGGAGUACCUCUGGUUCUGCUGCUCGUUUUCAGCAGUACGGCCAGGUUGAGGUGUGUUUCCCCGCGCUGCGGUCCGUUGUCUUCUACUUCUUUGUGUGUACCCAUACCUUCUCAGAAGACCAGCCCCGCUGUCUGGCGCCAGUGGACCUCAAACUGCCUCACCCCGCGAGGACUUUAGCGCUAAUGGCACAGAAAAGAAGAGGUGUCCGUCUGUGUGUGACAGCACAGACAUGUAGCUGAUUGGCCGAUUUUGGCCGUGUAGAUUGACGACCAAAUCGUUGUCAGUUUUAUACUUUUUGCUUUACAAGCAUGUGUGAAUCAAGACUGAGACUACAGUAUUUUCAGAUACUUUUCAAUCCUUUUUUAACCUUUCCUACCUUUCCUAAGCUGUUUUCAGACCUCGAGUAGAUGUUAGGUUCUCAAAGGUACAUGGAGCAGGAAGAAUGCUGUGUUUCUGUUGGUGAAGUCAACAUGUAACCUGAGGUAUUACUUGACGAAGUGUCUCUGGGGAGGAAUUAGUCAUUUGAAGCCACAAGCUCCCUUUAGAAGACUGAGACGAUGAUCAGGCUUAUUAAGGAGAUACUGAUGUGGUUAUAAUGGUCAGGGAUCAAAUUCAUUUCUCAGAAAGUUGACUGUCGAGGAGAUAAGCGCACAAAUACCGAUAAAUCGUAUUUCCUGUUGUCUUGUUGAUUAUUACUUUAUUUUUUCACAAUCAGAACCUCAAACGAGAGGAAGCACCUUAUAAUUCAAAAUUUCGAAAACAUUCCCCUAGUGUCUCUCCUCCAAAGAACCGCAUCUUACUUGGGAACCUUUGAUGGGUAAUCAUGUUUUUCUGAACAAGCCACUGAUUUAUUCGGAGGUAAACAGCACCAUCCUUCGCGACAUAUUUACGUCAAAUCAGAACUUAUUCAUCUUUAGCUAAUCAAGCACCUUGUUUUGCAGUUCAGUUGAUCAAAAAAAUACAUUUCCAUGUCCUGAUUUUAAAAACAAACUUCACAUCUUUACAAGUGAUGAUGAUGCUACAAUUGCUCAGCAUGAUCACAAUUUCACAAUAUUGACGCAAACUGCACCUCAAAACAUCCAAGCAUUUAAUUCAGUCUGGUACAUUGGUUUAAUGUGUGUUUGUAUAUCUACAUGGUAUCAUAUCUUCGCUUUUGCGUUUUCCAAUACUGUUAUUAUUGUCAUUUUCCGUAUUGCCAGCGUCAUGAGUAGAAAAAACUAUUUUGUAAUUUAGCAGACGCUUUCACCCUCAGUGACUGAGUGAAUCCUUUCAGAAGACAUUAAGGAGCAGGAGGGGUUGGGGUUAGUUCCGCAAGAACCGAGCCUUCGAGUUCUUUGAUCUCAGAACCUUUCUGCUGGGAGUAACCCCCCCCCGCUCAUCCAUAGUGCACUUGGUCCGUCCUAAACACCAUUUACAGACCACUCUAGUCUGAGUUUCCAAGCCUUGAAUCAAGUCGAUAAGCCUUGGAAACACUGCUGGGCACAUGAUUGCAGAGCAGUUCACCACAUAAACGUACUAUAUAUAUACACUGAAACAAUAGACCACCGAUGCUCUAACCGCAGCCAAUCUGGCAACUCAAUCUGUUACACGGCCUGCUGACCUGUACAUAUAUCGGAGGUCAACUUCAGCGUCACCAUCGACCAUCUCUCGUACCCGCAGCAGAUGUCGGUAGCACUAGCAGAUGUCGGUACUAUUAGCAGAUGUUCGUGUCGUCGCUGGGCCUUGGCGUAUCUAAGGGAACACAAGUUUUCCUUUUAUCGUUAAAGAUAUUCUUUAAGACGAUGAUUCUGAAACUUAGAAAAACAAUGUUGGGUGAAUCCAGCAUCUGUGAAGUGUGACAUCCAGCCCUGAACUCAUCCUGGCCUUCUCCUCUUAUUCAGUCCCUUCCAAACGCUCUCUGCUUGUUGUGAUAUUGUACAUUAAUCAUUUCUGCUGUGUUUGUGCUUUAUUUGGAAGGGCGGAGGUUUGAAGUUUCAACGGUCUGUAAUGUUCCCAGAUGUCCUCAUGUGUUCAGAGGCCAGGAAUCGUGGGAGGUGUACAACAGUAGCCCUUUAACUGGAAUCAACUGUGAUGAUUUUAAAAAGGUUACCGACUGAAUCAAACUGCUUGGAUGAAUUCAUCUUCUGAGCCGAUAUCGUGUGUUUGUGUGUAAAUAGGAGAUUUUGUCGUUGAGUGAACUUCUAGUUAUUCUAAUGUCAGAUGCCUUGUGUGAAUAAACCAUCUGUCAAAAGGAACCUUUGGUCUCUGGUUUUCGACUUUAUCUCUGCGUCCUUCUCUUCAUCUCGUUCUUUCCGCGGUGCCACAAUACAAACUUGUAUUGCGGUAAGGCAGCAUGAAUUCAGGGCUAUUUUGAGCGGACCAUGCUCCUACGUGCCCCUAUGGAAACGCAGGUUCACGCUGAUCAAAGCGACCUUUUGCAGCAGGUUGUUGUGGCAACAAAACUCUUACCCGUGUGAAAAUGUUUCCCGUUUUAGAAUUUCUCAUACAGGCCACGUAAGAUGAUUAAACCUACAAGAGCUACUUGUAAUCAAAGGUGCCAUGGCCGGAAAAUAUCAC